UAUAUAUAUAUAUAUAUAUAUAUAUAUGUGUGUGUGUGUGUGUUAUUCCAAAUGAGACAUGACCUGUCUAGUCUAUCGACUACAUAGAUUUAUUUUUAGUAUCAGUGUAUUUGUUCCCCUUUCAAUCCGAGGAUCGAUAGCUCUGUUUCUUACCCAUGAACACAAAAGCCCCAUGCGCCAUUGGAAGGAGACACUGGGGAGGUUCAGCGAAAGGGCUACGACGACUCUCAACACCCCGCUACAACUCGCAGCACGGUCGCAAAAAAUCUACAAAGUCUUAUUACAUGCCCUAGUCACUAAUGUUGGCUAUCGCUACAAGAUUUGGCAGCCAGGCCCGCGCUGCGAGCUCACCAUCGUAUGCUGAAAACGAACACAAUAACUGAACGACCCAUGUAGGAGAGAAUAUGAACAAGAAGGGAUUG